AUGCCCCUCUCCGUCCGUCCCCUCUCCACGCCCGCCGACCUCUCCCGCGCCGUCGAGAUCCAAUCCACCACCUUCGCCAACAGCGCCUUCUGCCGCACCGUCGGCGCCUCCCCCGAGGGCAACCCGCGCACUCUCUCCCCCGCCGACCGGCACGCCAUCCAGAUCUCGCGCCUACAGGAAGCCGUCGAGACCGACCCGACGUUCCACCUCCUGGGCGCCGUGGACGACGAGACGGGCGAGAUCGUGGCGGUCGCGAAGUGGAACGUGUUUCUUGACCGGGCUGCGUUGGAGAUGUGGAAGCGAGGGGCGCGGACGGACAGGGACAUGGAGAUUCCGCGGGGCGUGGAUGAGGAGGGGUAUCGGUUUGCCAAGGGGCGGAUGUACGAGGCGAAGAAGAAGUGGUUUGGGGAGGAGGGGAGGGAGCAUUGCUUUCUUGCUGUCCUCUGCACGCAUCCCGACCAUCAGGGCCGUGGCGCGGGCACCCUGCUACUCAAGUACGGCCUUGAAAUUGCUGAUAAGCACGGGGUCGAGUCCUUCCUGGAGGCUUCGGCAAAGGGGCUUCCCCUCUAUGAGCGCUAUGGAUUUGAGAGCAUCACUUUCCCCGACGGCACGCCAGGUCUUUUGGAGUUUGAUGUUGGGAGAUUCACGGGGCGAGGAGGAGACCAGGGCGAUUGGGUACGCUUGACGCUGAUGACGAGACCGUCCAUGGCGAAAAAGAAUUAG